CGCAUGCUCCGUGUGUUGUGGACGACGGCCGAGGUCGAGAUCCAAUGGAGGUUAUGAGGCUCUGAUGGGCAUUUCUUUGUUGGAUAUACUUGUCUGUGUUGGUGAUUGAAGUUUCUAAUCGUCACUCUUUAUUGUCUCUCAAUAUGACUCCCAUGUUGCUCGAAACUCCUCCUCCAACAGAGGCUAUACCUCCGAAGAAUAUACCUAUAUGUUCAGAUUCUUCUGUAGUACCGUCCGAACAUGCUUCGACCAGGACGAAGGAGCUGUGGUGGUUACAUGGACAUCCACAUUCGAAGCGGUAUUCAGACCCAAAACUCGUCAGUCUUGCAGCACUUGUACGGCAUGAUGGAGAUGUGUACAAGGGGCAGAGGGGAUUUUUAUAUCCCACGUCCACAGAAUUGAAUUGUUCGUAUAAUUCGAUGACAUGGGACGAAUUCGAUCAAGUCACAGAAAGUAUUGCUUUGGUGUAUGCGCAGCAGUUGCGGAAAGAGCUUGAGGAAGCGAAUGCGACUCGGAAACAACCGACAAUAGCAUUGCUUGGCAGAGGAAUCACUGUGGAAUAUCUUUGUACGCAAUUGGCUCUACAGAAGCUUGGUGUCCGUGUGCUGCUCCUGGCUGAGUCGAAUGCGUUGGAUGCUUUGCAUCAUCUGCUAGAAUCCUGCCAGGCACUAGCAGUCAUCACCGAUUCUAGGAAUUCGGAAGCAGACACCAAUGGCAUCAAGAAAUUGGAAAUGGUGGAAGUUCUGCCCAAAGGACUUUCGAACCGGAAAGAUGUCGAUGCUAUGAAGUUUCAAGACUUCGGUGAUGUCUGGGAAAGACAUGCAUUCAUAAUCCAUUCUUCUGGCUCGACUGGCAUGCCAAAACCUAUUGUUCACACGAACAGGAGUAUGAUGCUUAUUGCGAGGAUGUAUAGAUUAUUUCAGGAGUUUGAUGUUGAAAACUGGUUUCUGCUUUUUCCGUUAUACCAUAUUGCUGGCAUUUCAGUAGCGCUUUCAAAUUUACCUAAUGGCCAAAUAUUGUCAUUUCCUCCGCUUUCGUGGCCUCCGUCUUCUUCUGCUAUCUUUUCGGCAUGGAAGACACUUGAGUCACUCGGACAUCCAGUGGAUACUGUUCAUUGUGCCCCCACCCUUAUCGAAAACAUGUACGAAUACAUCCAAGAUCACGGCGGAGAUUUCACUCCUCUGACUUCUUUAAAAUUGCUGCAACCAGGCGGCGCAGCAUUGUCUGACAGCAUCGUUAAAGCUUUGACAUCAAAUGGGGUCAAUGUCAAGACGACUUAUGGUAGUACCGAGAUUGGACCUCCUUUUCGGACGAUACCACAUACGCGAGAUAAUCCCAGGUGUUACACCUUCCGAAAUCUGUACCCUGACAGCAAGUUUCUGAAGAUGGAAGAAGUGGGAGAGGGGUUAUAUGAAUGUGUUGUGUACAAAGGAUUUGAGUUGGCCGCCAAAUUGUGGGAAGGGAAGCCUGAUGACGAGCCGUAUCGAACAAAUGAUCUGUUUAUCCAGGAUCCUCCAGGAAGUGGGUUUUUCGUGCUGCAAGGGAGGAAGGAUGACAUACUCGUGCACUCGAAUGGUGAAAACUCAACGGCUGGUCCGCUUCAGCUUGAUAUUCAAUCGUCCUCAAAAAUUAUCAACAAAGUCAUUGCUUUAGGCCACUCGAGACCUUCCGUUGGUCUUCUCGUUGAACUUCAUCCCGAAUACAACUCUUCGGACCCUGCAGUUCUGGACCAAGUCUGGAAUGCUAUCAAAGUCGUCAACGAGCGUUUCCCAAAGCACUCUCGGAUCAUGCGGUCCAUGAUCUGCGUACUACCUCAAGGCUGCACUUUACCGGUGACGCCCAAAGGAAACGUCAAGAGAAAAGAAGUCGAACGAAUCUAUGCGACUGAGAUCGAGACUUUAUACUCCGAAGAUGUCGUUCCACUCCUCGCCAAUAGCACCAGUCAACAACCGCUUUCGGAAUUUCUUCGAAAUAUCCUUGCAUCACUUUCCGAUGUCCCUGUCUCUGAAAUCAACGACUACACUUCUUUCUACGACUUAGGAAUCGACUCUCGACUCGCUCUCUCCCUCCGAACAUCACUUUCUUCACAUCUCUCACGUCCAGUCUCGCUAAGCACGAUCUUCGAAAAUCCUUCAAUCACAAAACUUGUCGCUGUACUCGCACAUCCAAGCACCAGUGACCAUACAGAUGAAGUCGCAGCAUCUACUAACUCAGCUGCGGACAUCACAAACGAAAUUCUCGCUCGCUUGACAAAAGAGCUCACUUCCUGGCCACCACGAGAUACUUCCAAAACCUGGCCAAAAACAGAAAAUGAAGUCGUGCUCCUGACAGGCGCCUCUGGUUCCCUAGGUACUGCCCUCCUCGAGACAUUAUCUUCCUCUCCCAAGGUUGGCAAGAUAUACGCCAUGGUCCGUGGUCCAAAUAAUGUCUCGAAGCUUGGUGCCUCGCUUAAGAAAAGGGCUUUGAGAACCGAAAUGCUCGAUGACGGGAAAGUCGAGGUGUUGAACUUCAGUAUGCAAGACCCAUUGCUAGGACUGGAUGUCGAUGUGUAUGCGAGGUUGGCGGAAGAGGUUACGAUCGUGGUUCAAAAUGCUUGGAAGAUGGAUUUCAACCUCGGUGUUGAGGAGUUUGAGGGGGAUUGUUUGCGGAAUACACUCUCCCUUCUCCGUCUCGCACACGCUGGCCGACCAAAGACUUUCGCGUUCACAUCCAGCAUCUCAACAUGCAUGGGCCCAUCCUCCCCUCCCUCCGUUCCCGAAAACCCCAUCAGCGCAGACCCCACAAUCGCGCUCUCAACCGGCUACGCACAAUCGAAAUUCAUAAUUGAACGCCUAACCCAAUCCGCCACCACAAAACUCGGCAUCAAAGUCAACCUGCUCCGAGUCGGGCAACUCUGCGGCCAUACAAAGACUGGGUAUUGGAACACAGACGAAAUGUGGCCCAUCAUGUUUGCGACCUCUGCUCACACCACUGUAUCCGCGAUCCCGGACUUCAAGGACAAGGUCGUCGAUUGGGUGCCGGUUGAUGUGGCGGCUGCGACGGUGAUGGAUGUCCUGCUUGCUGACGAAGAAGGGAGAGAGGAAUACACGGUGCAUAAUAUUGUUAAUCCGAAGCCGGUGUCUUGGAGUGCGUUGGUUGAUAUGAUGAAAGUAGCAGUGGGAAAGCAGAUCGUUGUUGUGGGUAUGAGGGAGUGGGUCAGGAGGUUGAGUGUCCUGGCCGAGAAAGGCGUUUCACCAGAUGAGGUGCCAGGGUUGAGGUUGUUGCCAUUUUUUGAGGGGAUGGUGGUUGAGGAAGAGGGGGAGGAGAAGACGUUUGAGACGGGGAAGACGAGGGAGACCUCUGAGAAUUUAAGGGUUUGUGAGGCAUUUAACCAGCAGUGGGUGGAUGGGAAUCUGAGGGUUUGGAGGGAGUUGGGAUUUUUGAGUUGAAUUGGGGUUGGCUUGGUGAGUAUGUGAAGACAAUGACAUAGUUAAAGAUGCACAGAUUGUCAUGCUGUGAGUGUCUAGGCAGAAGAGGAGAAAUUACAAGCUUGCAAAUGCUUUGUCCAAAUAACACAAUCACUAAGCAUGCAAGUUUACUUAUCAUCAUAACAUUAUUUCUUAUUGUCA